GAUGGCGGACGAAGUGUGUCGAAAUACAGCCAAAUUGAAAAACAAAUUAUAGUCUAAAUAAUAGUUAUCUUACGUUAAAAAGAGUGGUUUAAGUGCAAGACACGAUGAACGGUGUUACGCGAGGAGGAUGUAGUAAGCCGUUCAAUAAAUUUGAUCGUCAGUCAAGUAAUAAAUCUCGAGGUUCACCUAGAGGUGCCUACAUCAUGGAUAAAGCCUUGUUACCUCGUAUGAAACAGUAUUUGAGCCAGUUUAGGAAAGGAUACACACCUGAUAUAGAAGAAAUGACGUCACAUUUACAAUCUAGAUACAGUGACUACAGCAGAAAGAAAAGAAAUUCAUUUAGGUUUUCAGUCCAAAAAGCGUUUAAGGUAUUAAAUGACCAAGAUAAUGAAGAAAAACAUCUUCAAAGACUAGAAGAGAAGUUCCUUCAAGAAAAAUCUAAGGACUUCAGUUUUAUACCACUGGUGGAUGAUAGAAGAAAGGAAAACGUGAGUGUUGAGGAUAAAGAAGGCAGUGACACAAGCGACAGUGAAUUAUCCCUUCUAGAGGAACCAUUGAUUGAAACACAGGGUAGCAACUUGAUGAACCAAUCAAUGCAAUCCAUGUACAGGCUGUCAACAUCAAGACCUUCAUCUGAAGCCGAGGACAACAACCAAACAGAAAAUGAUCCCACUGGUAACAUUAGUACACCGAUAGUUGUCAUUGAUACCAACCUACCUUCAAGCACACCACAAGCAAUUAAAUCAUCAUCAGUACCAUCAACAAUGGAAGAGAGUACAUCAAACCAGCAACCUGGUGAUAAACCUAUAGAUAUAUCAAGAGAUCAAGACUCAUCAGUCAUUAAUAAACCAAAUACUCCAAACUCACAAAACAAAAGAAAAACAGAUAUAUCAGACAAGGAAGAAGUUUCUUCAAGACCUUCUAAGAAGAGACGAAGGAGUAGAGCAGAAAACAGCAACAAUGAAAAUGAAAUUAAUGAAGAUAAACCCAAAGGCUUUACACCAACUCAGUCGUCAGUGAAGUUCUCCGACGUAGGUGGCUGUGAGGAGACAAUAGAGCAAGUAUGUAAAAUGCUUAUCCAUAUGUGUCACCCUGAAGUAUUUUCCACUCUUGGUAUCACUCCUCCCAGAGGGUUUCUUCUGCAUGGACCUCCUGGAUGUGGCAAGACUCUUCUGGCUCAUGCUAUUGCUGGGGAGCUCGAACUCCCAUUUUUAAAGCUGGCAGCAACAGAGAUUGUAUCUGGAGUGUCAGGAGAAUCAGAAGAGAAAGUUAGAGAACUGUUUAACAGUGCUGUGACUCAAGCACCUUGUGUCAUGUUCAUUGAUGAGAUAGAUGCCAUCACUCCCAAAAGAGAAACAGCAUCUAAAGACAUGGAGAGAAGGAUUGUUUCCCAGUUGCUUACAUGCAUGGAUGACCUCAAUAAUAAUAGCACAGCCCAGGUACUUGUGAUCGGUGCAACCAACAGACCUGAUUCCCUUGAUCCUGCACUCAGAAGGGCUGGAAGAUUUGACAGAGAGAUUAGUAUGGGUAUCCCAGAUGAAAAAGCUAGAGAAAGGGUUCUAAAGGUGUUAUGUAAACAGCUCAAGUUAAGUGAUGAGUUCAGCUUUGCCAUGCUGGCUCGUUUGACUCCUGGUUUUGUGGGUGCUGAUCUUAUGGCCUUGACCAGAGAAGCAUCUAUGAUUGCUGUCAACAGAGUCUUCAAAAGUCUUCAAAAUCACCCUGCACUUGAAGCCACAGAGGGAACCAGGAGGGAAAUCCAAGGGAGUGAUGACAAAAUGAAGGAAGAUGAAAAUAAAACUGAGACAAAUCAAGAAAAAACAGAACGUUCUGAGGCAGUUAACAUAAAUGUAAUGCAAUGGUUAAAGGACCAGCCUCCACUAACUGACGAACAGCUUUCAUCUUUGUCAAUUACCUUUGAUGAUUUCAAAGAAGCUUUGACUGUUGUGCAGCCAUCAGCUAAAAGAGAAGGAUUUGCUACUAUACCAGAUGUCACAUGGAAUGACAUUGGAGCACUGAAAGAUGUUAGAGAGGAAUUAUCCAUGGCUAUACUGGCACCAGUCCAACACCCAGACGAGUUUGCUUCUUUAGGUUUAUCGCACCCCCCUGGAAUCCUGCUGGCAGGACCCCCCGGAUGUGGCAAAACCCUCCUUGCAAAGGCGAUUGCAAAUGAAUCAGGAAUUAAUUUUAUUUCCGUUAAAGGUCCAGAACUUCUUAACAUGUAUGUGGGUGAGAGUGAACGUGCAGUAAGGCAAGUAUUUCAAAGAGCCAGGAAUUCAUCUCCUUGUGUCAUAUUCUUUGAUGAACUUGAUGCGUUAUGCCCAAGAAGAAGUGGCAGUUCCGAGUCAGGUGUAAGUGUUCGCGUGGUGAAUCAACUCCUUACUGAAAUGGACGGAUUAGAAGCCAGAAAACAAGUCUUUAUCAUGGCUGCCACAAACAGACCAGAUAUUAUUGAUCCCGCUGUCAUGAGACCCGGCCGCUUGGAUAAAGUGUUGUAUGUUGGGUUACCAAGCAGUGAAGACAGGAAAGACAUUUUGAUGACCAUCACCAAGGGAGGUACCAAGCCAGUUCUGUUACCAGAGGUGGAUAUUGAGAAGAUUGGUUUCAGUGAACGAUGCAAUGGAUAUUCUGGAGCUGAUUUAGCUGCGCUUGUACGAGAAGCAUCAAUGGCUGCUCUACGUGAAUGCAUUAGCAUAUCCUCGUUACAUGACAAGCAGACGAACGGCCCUGCCACGCGUGUUGAUCUUGAUGGGAUUGGAGUAGGAAACAGACAUUUCGACAUUGCGUUCGACAAGGUUAAGCCAUCAGUAUCAAACAAGGACCACGUCGCAUAUCACCAAAUCAAGACGUCUGCGGCCAAACUUUGACCAGACCAAAACAACGUAUCAUCUUGAAUAAAAGCCACAGGAAGAAAAAAAGGAAUACUUUAUAAAUUCACARAAGCAUAAUUUAUCAGUAAAAAGAAAAAGAGAAAGAAACACUUGUAUAUUGAAUAUGUUUUUACUCAGAGACAACUGAGACAAAACGUUUUGAAUUGGAAAGAAAUCGUAUUACUUCCCUGCUAGCAUAGUCUCCCUCGUUGGCGAUUCUUGGCAGAGAAAAAUACAACAGAAAAAUAACUGAUAUUCAAAUAAAGCGUCUCUUCUCUA